AUGGCCGAUCUGGCAGCAGUGGCGGGUGGAGCUCGUUCCCAGAAUGGCUCCUCGAGGGCCGCUCAGGGGCCAGUGCCCGUACAGUCGCACCCGGCCGCCGGGAGUGGUGUUCGCACUCCAACGGACAUCAUGAGACAGCGCCGGGAUAGAGAAGCCAGGCGAAAAGCGGAACAGGAGGCCCGAGACAGAGAACAGCAGGAGCUCGCUCAUGCUCAAUAUGCUGCUGGCGUUGCCGGCGAUCCCUCUGCGCAGCGAAGACCUGCGACAUCCAGGGGCCCGCCCGGCGCCCCGGCACCCCUCAGACAGAACCCCCCGGCCAGUCGCCGGCCAGACUUUCAACAACAGCAUCAGCAACAACUACCACUGCCACCACAGCAACAGCCGCCACCAAGACCCAUGCCUGCCGGUGUAUCGUCCAAUCCGCAGCUCCCAGGUCCUUCAGUAGCCAAACAACCGCAACCCCAACCUUCCCAGCAGGCCCGGUUUCAACAGCAGCAGCAGCAGCAGCAGCAGGCACCUCCGGGCGGGCUUGGUCAACAGCCUGGAGGAGUCCCGAAACAGUCUGCUCCCGCAGAGGCCGAGUCGUCGUCCUCAUCGCAGCAGACGGCCCAGCAGCCGCAGCCAUUGCGUCGAACGGGAUUCCCACAUGCCUUUGAGCGCUGGGAGACCCUUUCGUCUCACUGGGAGGGGCUCACCGGAUAUUGGAUCCGUAAGCUCGAGUCGAACAAUGAGGCGUUGGAACGGGAUCCCCUGAACCAACAGAUGGCGCGGCAGAUCACGGACCUGUCCGCCGCAGGUGCCAAUCUCUUCCACGCGGUGGUCGAACUGCAGCGUCUACGGGCCUCAUCGGAGCGCAAGUUCCAGCGGUGGUUCUUCGACACUCGGGCCGAGCAGGAGCGGGCCAAGGAGCUCCAAGGCGAAAUGGAAAAGCAGCUGCAAUCCGAACGACAGGCCCGGGCGGAGGCUCUCACGGCCUCGCAAAAGGCCGACUCGGACAAGACGCGUGCCGAGGAUCUGCUCCGCGAGAUGCGCCGUGAGUUGCAGAUCUCCAAGGAAGAGGCCCGACGCGCGUGGGAAGAGCUCGGCCGCCGGGAGCAAGAAGAGCGUGACCGCACAACCUCCCUGCGCAACGGUGAGCCCACGUUGGUCGGUGGUGUGCAGGUGGUGCCAAUGAUCCAAGGCCUGCCCAGUCGACAGAACACCACGACCACCAGCCGGGGCGGUGCCCCUGCCGCUGCCGUCGACCCGAUCGAGUCUCAGCAGCCGCAGCAGUACUACGAUCACCGCAUGUCAUCACCGGCCGGAACUGAUCCUUUUGUGGAGGAAACCCACUCGACGGCCACCACUCACCGCGACGACAUGAGCCGAUAUGAUCGCCACCACCAGCAGCCGUCCCCCCCCGCCACCACCACCACGGCUGAUCCGCGCGGCGGUUUCUACCAGCAUGCGGGCACCGAUAUCUAUGCGGGCACUCCGACAUCACAGCCCGACGACCGCUCCUACGGCCCCAGCAUCCCCGAUAGCGAGGUGGGCGACGCCGAAUACGCCAGCAGCUACCGCCGGGACGGCCAGCACGGCCAGCACAGCCGGCAACCCCUCGCGUACGCGCCCGCUCCCCUUUCCGAGGGAGGUAGCGACGAGUACGAUGACGGCGCCGACGAGAGCGAUCUCCCGCAUCACCACCAUCCCGCGACAACCAGCGCCGGUGCCAACGUCGACUACAGUGGUUCCGGCUGGGGUGCUGGCUGGGAGGCCAUGACACCGCGGCACCGGCAUCCCACUCGGCUCAGUGAUGUGCUCGAGGAGGACGAACCCAGUCGGACGAGCCCGAGCCGGCGCAUAUGA